AUGGCGCACGCGCCGCACCCGCACGCCUCAGAUGCGGCCGCUCUGGAGUCGGCGCACGUCGCCGUAGACGAAGCGGAGUACGCGGGUGGUCGCGAGUCGCUCGCGUCGCAGGACACUGCCGCGGACGGGCGGCGGAAGAGCGGCAUCCCUCGUGGUCCGAGCUGGACUCCUUCUGAACAACUCGCCUCGCUCGACUCAUACUUCAGCGCGUGCGAAGUCGUGCAAGAGAGUAGGGAGGUCGAUCGAUGGCAAUACGCUAACAAGCAGUACCCCCAUUACGUUCGGGAGCUCGCCGCGUUGGGUCUGUGGAAACCAUCGACGACCGUACACGGCGCGAGGACGCCCGAGGAAUCCAUCGACGCACGUCGGUGCGAAGAAGUCAACGAACACGGUGUCGUCGGAGCGAACAAGACUGUGUUCGAACGUGGAAAGGCUGUGAAGGCACACGUGCUCAAAGUCGCGCACGUUUUCCGACGUGGUUUCAGAGCGUGCGGAAACCAACAAGGCGAGUCUGGAAAAGCCCGUCAGGACUUUUGGGACAAGCAAGAGAACGAAGCUUUGAAAGAAAAACAUUCAGAAGCGACCCUUGUGGUAUUCAGGUACGUGGCGCCAGACUCCCCGUAUCUCGAUCCCGCUGCGUACAGGACGCUGAAAGAACGGGCGAGACCGGAGUUCGCGCUAAGACACGAAGACAGGUGCACAUCGGCUGCGAACACUGCCAGUCGGUUACAGCAGCGCACAGCGGCGGCGACAGCACGUCGCGAGUCGGUACAUCCGAUAACCAUGGCGCCGGAUAAGUCACCUACGCGUGCUAUGAGAGAAGAGGCGCUCGAGCGACAGGUCAUCGAGGAAUUGCGUCGUACCAACGAUGUGCUUGAAAUGAUGAUGCGCUUUGUCACGCAAGGUGAACUUCAACUUCCAGCUCGAACGGGUUCUGAGGCGCCUUCCAAUGCGCCGGCUGACGAAGGCGAAGCGACUGAGCCGAUCGGAGCCGAAAACACGAUCAGUGCCGAGAACAUCCCCUCGAGCGUCCCACCGGUGACGCGUGGUGCACGCACGGGAUUCGCGUGCAACGGACGACAGCGAAAGAUGAAGUCAUCGCGUCGUCGCUUCCUUCUUCGUAACAGCAGCAGGUGGAGGAAGCAACGCUGGCGCUGUACGAGCGCGAUAACUGCGCAUAGUGCCGCAUACUUCCUGUUCACAUCCAUCGUCAGUGCGCGGUCGACUCAAGCGAUGCGUUGUGCCGCCGGCGAACAUACGAACGUCCGGAAACGACUUUUUUUAAACCCUUUCCUCAUUCUUGCCCGCGUCGCGCCCGCGCACGUCCACGCGCCUAUACGUCCAGCGGCACGACGCGUGCGGUUGAAAACAUCGUGA